UCAUUGUUCAUGAAAACAUCCACAUGUCUGAGUGGUUUCACUUUCGUGUUUCCUGGACUGAAAGCGCACGCGUCAUUGGGACACUACACAGGUUGAUACUGGUCCACUUUCCAGCUUUCUCAUUCAUGCAUGUAGUUACUCCAGACGAACUGAACAAGGACCUUCAUCAAGAUGCAAGACAACCAAAGCAGCAGACAGUACAACGUUAAUGAUGUGAUGCUGAAAUUUGUCAGACGGAGAGACGACAUAACUUUAGAUGAUGACCCCAAUAUUCUGAGAGCAGAGAUGUCUUGUGGUCAUGCGGUGUCCCCAGAAUCGCUGACUGCCUGGUGUCGCAGUCUGCUGGACCAGGGUCAGUAUAAAUUCUACUGUCCAGCUAUCACACAGGGGACAGAGAAAUGCAGCGCAGAGUGGCCGUACCUGGAGGUCAGGAAGCUGGCAGUGCUUAGUGAUUCAGAGCAGGCUCAUUUCGAGGAGAAUAUGGCUCUUCUGGCAGCAACUGAGUACUGCGAGUUCAAAUCAUGUCCAAGCUGUGAGUCCUACGUGGAGCGAGAAGACCUGAGCAACCUGUGUGUGAAAUGCACCAUCUGCACCGCGGUGAAACAGAAGAGCUUCCAGUUCUGCUGGCAGUGUCUGAGGGAAUGGAGAGGACCAGCGGCUCACUCUCUACGCUGCAGUAAUGAAGACUGUGUCCACCCAGAUGUUGACAAGCUAGCAAAAUGUACAAAUAUGAGGCUGCCUAAUGUGAACAAUGUGGAGUGUCCUGCCAUCCGAGCCUGCCCCACCUGCGGACUGCUUUUAGAACACAACGGGCACGCUUGUAAAAACCUUUUGUGUAAGCGCUGCAAGGUGGAGUUUUGCUUCCUCUGCCUAAAGCUGAAGCGUGUUUGCAAUCCGAUCAGUGGACCUUAUACUGUCUGCUCAGUGGCACCACGGCAGACUGAAAUACCAGUUUGGAAGAGAUAAUCUUAGAAAUAGGAUUUAUUAACUUGAAGGAGAUAUGACUUACUUUGUAAACACACAGGUGAUUGUAAAUACAGCUCCUUAAAGGGGUCAUAAUCGGAUGCAAAAUUCACUUUUGUUGUUGUUUGAACAUAAAUGUGUGUUGGAAUUGUGUGUACACAUCCAUCCUAUAAUGAUAAAAAUCCACCCAGUGUUUUUUUAAAAUGCCCUUCUCUGAAAUCCGGCUGUUCUGAGAUUCCUGUCAGAGUGACAUAGUUCUGCACAAGCCCCUCCCACUAUAGUUGAUUGACAAGGCCGUCUUACCUUAGCUCCGCCCUGAGUGAGCUAUGAGCUGUCUGUCAGAAGCAGGGGAAGACAAGAACGUCUCUGAUUAAGUGAUAGAGGUGUUCUGUUGUUGGAUGUAAUGAAUUUAGCAGUCGUCAAUUAUUCCCGACAUCUGAGCCGCAGAAGAUUAACGUUACUUUCGUUUUUGAAGGGAAUGCGCCGAUCCCCGAUAUGACUAAAUGAGUCUAUGUUUGCACGAAUCAUUCGUGAUCGAGCUUCUUCUACACAAGGAGUGAGUAUAAGGUGUUUUAUGAAUCUUUGCAUAUCGCCUUCCCUAAUAUGUGCUAGUUAGCAAGUUUCACGGCUAAAGUAAACAGUACUGCUGGUCACUCCACAGAAGAGAGGGGCGGGGUCAG